AUGAAACCUAUAGGAGGCCAGUGUAGGAUUGACAUGAAACCUAUAGGAAGUCAGUGUAGGAUUGACAUGAAACCUAUAGGAAGCCAAUGUAGGACUGACAUAAAACCUAUAGGAAGUCAGUGUAGGAUUGACAUGAAACCUAUAGGAAGUCAGUGUAGGACUGACAUGAAACCUAUAGGAAGCCAGUGUAGGAUUGACAUGAAACCUAUAGGAGGCCAGUGUAGGACUGACAUGAAACCUAUAGGAUGCCAGUGUAGGAUUGACAUGAAACCUAUAGGAGGCCAGUGUAGGAUUGACAUGAAACCUAUAGGAAGCCAAUGUAGGACUGACAUAAAACCUAUAGGAAGUCAGUGUAGGAUUGACAUGAAACCUAUAGGAAGUCAGUGUAGGACUGACAUGAAACCUAUAGGAAGCCAGUGUAGGAAUGACAUGAAACCUAUAGGAGGCCGGUGCAGGACUGACAUGAAACCUAUAGGAGGCCGGUGUAGGAUUGACAUGAAACCUAUAGGAGGCCGGUGUAGGACUGACAUGAAACCUAUAGGAAGCCAGUGCAGGACUGACAUGAAACCUAUAGGAAGUCAGUGUAGGAUUGACAUGAAACCUAUAGGAGGCCAGUGUAGGAUUGACAUGAAACCUAUAGGAGGCCAGUGUAGGACUGACAUGAAACCUAUAGGAAGUCAGUGUAGGAUUGACAUGAAACCUAUAGGAGGCCAGUGUUGGAUUGACAUGAAACCUAUAGGAGGCCGGUGUAGGAUUGACAUGAAACCUAUAGGAGGCCGGUGUAGGACUGACAUGAAACCUAUAGGAAGCCAGUGUAGGAUUGACAUGAAACCUAUAGGAGGAAACCUAUAG